GCUGCCAAGUGGAACUAUUUAUACUGUCUUAGUCAGGCCUGUGCCCGAGUCCUGCCAGACAUUGGAGUGCUGGAACCUAUAAGCAACCUUCAAAGGACACAGCCUUGAACUAGAAGCUCUGGGCUGCAGCAGCUUGUUUACUGUGAGGUUCAGGCUUGCCCCAUGUGUUCUCAAUGAUGGACUGCACCUUUUCCUUCAGCUCUGCCACACUGUGCUCACUGCAGCUGGACGAGGAGAAGCUGGAUCGGUGGAAGUACUCUCAGGCAAGACACAGCGAGGGCAACCUAAACCCAGUGGGACGGAGAUGCCAGAACAGCCGCACAGAGCCACUGGAGUGUCGGGACCUGCUGGUCCAGAAUGCACUCUUCACUGGGGACCUGGAGAUGGUUCAGAAGUACUUCACCAAGGGUGCUGCUAUCAAUCUCAUCAUUGAGACCAAGGGUGAUGAGCUGCGCUGGACUAGCAGGAAAUUUGGGCUGUGGUCUCUGACCUAUGAGCAGGAGCUCACGACGCCACUGCACAUCACAGCCAGCCGGGGCUAUGCAGACUGCCUGCAGUUCCUGCUGCUCAGGGGUGCUUCGGUCAACUUUGCACCAGGGGGCAAAACUGCCCUGCAUGAGGCUUGUGCGGCCGCCAGUACAGAGUGUGUGCGCCUGCUACUCAGCUUUGGAGCUGACCCUGAGGCUGUCUCUGAGGAUGGCUACAAGCCUCUGCAUCUCUGCAAGAGUCCAGACUCCAGCGAGUGUGUCCAGCAGCUGCUGCAGCACGGUGCCAGUGUGAACAGCCGGACAGAGGAGGAAGAUGACACAGCAUUGCAUGUGGCAGCACGGCAUGGCUUAACAGACCAUGUCCAGCUGCUUCUGCACUAUGGGGCAGAGCUGGAAGCAAAGAAUGAAGAGGGACAGACCCCACUGAACGCUGCCUGUGCUCAGCCCCAUCAACCCCAGGACAUGGAGCGCUACUACAGGGUCUGCCAGCUUCUGGUGGAGAGUGGUGCUAGCAUCAAUGCUGCAGACAGGGACCGCCAGCACCCCCUUCACUUGGCUUGCAAGAAUGCCAACGCUCAAGUAGUAGAAUUACUGUUGGCCAAAGGUGCAAACGUCAACAUCAUGAACUACAGUGGCAACACGGCACUGCACAAUAUCCUGCAAGCCACUGCCUACAAGCUGGACCACCAGCCAGAGCUUGUAGUCCGAGCCCUGCUCAACUACGGUGCCAUCCGCAUCUGGCCUGGCUCCCUCCUCAAGGUGCUGCAGUACUGCCACACCUGCCCACGUGUCAUCGAGGCCGUGAUGAACAGCUAUGAACAUGUGCGUGUCUCUGAGGACUGGGUGGAGGCUGUUCCAGCUGAGGUUGUACAGAAAUACCCACGUUUCUACCAGUCACUCUUCUCCCUGGAGCAAAGUCCUCGCUCCUUACAGCACCUGGCUCGCUGUACACUCAGGACCUUCUUGGAGGGCCGGUUGCUUUGGGUCCUGUCCCAGCUGCACCUGCCAAGGGCCUUGCACCAGUUCCUGCUGCUCCGCUUUGAGGAUGUUCUCUACUAAGGGAUGGGGCUUGACUGUGUUUCUCUGCAUCUGUGUUCAGUCCCUACCAGUGCAGUCUGUGCCAACCUAGCUAACCCCCUUCCCCACCUCCCACCCCACCAUGUUAUCCUUCCCCCAACUUGGUUGCCAAUUCUUCCACCAUGUCCUUGUCAGCUAGUCCUUGCCAGUUCUGCCUCAUAUACCUAUUUUGGAGCUCUCUGUUUACCCAUGCUAACAGCAGCAAACUCCUGAUUCACUAAGAAAAACAAGAGAUGGGGAUUUGGGCAUUUUGUGGGACCAGAAGCAAGUAUUCUGCAUUGAUCACAGUGUUAGUUGCAGGAUACCAAUUCACCCUAUCCCAAAUCUGCAAACUCUAGUCUAAGCCAAGCAGCUCUAGUGCCCAGGGCAUUUGUUGGAAUACUUCCUUUUAUGAAAGCAUUUACAGUUUGACAAAGGUGUUUGGAAUAAAACCCGGACUUUGCUUAUGACUACCAGAGUACAACUUCUGCCUUGCCUUGAAGGCUGUCUCUAAUAGGGCCUGUGCAUGUGACAUGCCGUGCAUAGAGGAAUGUAACAGGCAUAUGCACUCUCAGACCUAUGCAUUUGUCUGCCCUUCAGAGGGCAUGGAAGAAUGUGUGGUGGGUGUGGGGCUGAAGCCUUUCAAACAAGCACUUCUUAUGCAGGUACAAUGUCUGAGAUAUUGCCUGGCGUUGCAACUUGGUGCCAGAAAACAGGGCUUGUGCCUAUGCUGAGGACCUCCAUGUGGAGGACAGGCAUGCUCAGUGAAUGCUAGUCCACUGGGUAUGAAGCAGCCAGUCCUUGUGACAACCCAGCCAGCAUCUACCAGAGCACAGUGCAGGCCUACUCACUGCUGCCUGGGCUGCACCACACAGUGGACAAGGUAAAGGGUAACAUUUCCUUCUGCAAUUUAGAGACAAGAUUAUAAAGAGAUUAAAGCAUCAGCCACCCUAAAAUGGCUUGCUGGAAGCUAACCUCAUUACCAGCUAUAGUGCCUUCACCGGUUGCUGCUGGACUGGCUGCCCUGGGCUGAGGCUGCUGGCUGCUGACAGCUUUAGGCUUCACAGACUGACCUUGCACAGUUAACUGUCCACUACAGUUCUGUGGGUGCAGCCACGGAGUGUGACAGGCAAAAGCAAGUGUGCUCAAGGCUCUUACAGUCACCUAUGAAAUGUCAAAGCAGGUCUAAAGACACCUAUUUUUCCCUAAGGCAGAGCAGCUGUUUAUGCAGUGGCUUUGCACCUAGCAGUGCAUGCCCACUAAUAGGACAUUUUCCUGCAUGCUGGAGAGGAGCAGCAUUUGCUAUCUAAGGAAAGUCCCUGACAUAAUCAUUCUUAUAUCUGUUUACCCUUUCUUUCAGACAAUCCAUUGCAUUUCAUCCAGGAACUUGCAGGGUAACACUUAGGAAACAACACAUUAUAAAUAUUCUUUAGCUUUCUCUUUUCUUGGAGAGCAUGACUUGCAUCAGGAAUGUGUUUUAUGGAUUCUUGCUAAUGUUCAUCCAAUGUAUUACAUACUGCACUGUUCCUACAUCAUUUCUGAUAGAUAUUGUAUUAAUAGCCCAGAAAAGAAACUAACUCAACAGAUGGAAUGUACCACUGCUUUACCUUUGUGUCAGCGCUUAGGGUUUUUUGUGGCAAGACUCUCAUACCAGUGAGGUCAUAACUGAAAUAGAAGUUGAAGCAGAAGGAUGGGGAAUAGUUUGGCUCCAUUUUGGAUCUCAGCCUGGAAACUUUGCUUUACUUCUUCACUGACACUGGAUGUAUGAAGUGGGAGGUGGAGAAGGUAAUUCUGCCAUGUAAAUCCUUAGCCUAAGGGUGAGACCGUGUGUGGGUGGCAGGGCCUGUCAUGGGAGGAUGAUGUUGGUCUGGGGCAGGUGUAGUCAUUUUGUUCAUGACAGCUUCCUCUGAUGAAGCCUGGUGGUCUGCAGCCUUGCCUUGGGCAGAGCUCUUGGUUUGUCAGUGCUUGCACUCCUUGUGCGUGCUUGCUUCCAGUCCUGUUGCUGUCAAAGUGCAAGGAUUAGUGGCCUUUUGCUGCUUCUCUGCUGCCAUGUCAGCACCACAGGCGUAAGGUGCCUUUGGAGAUUAGUUAGCAGGAAGGGCUGAGUGCCUUGCCACAGAACAGAACUGCAUCUCUCCAGCCUAAGGAUAUUCCACUGUUAAACAGUUUUGGGAAAUGCUAGCUUUUUGGGGGGCACUACUUUGGGGCAGGGCAGAUGGGGUGGUUCAGAAGUGUUCUGGGUUUUGAUGAUACCAGUCACACAGCAGUGCAGGGUGGGGGUCCACCCUGCCAUGGCUCAGCAGAACACCACUGCAACUUGGUCUAUGGCUUGGCAAGAGGAGUAUAGCACCACACUGGGAGGGGAACCAGUUCCCACACAUGUAUGGGUGCCUAUCGCUCUCAGUUCACUGUAGUCAGGGCUUGUGUUGUUUAUGCAGUGCAAGAUGGUGACUAUAGUGCAUUCAAACUACACACCAACUUCAGUCAUCUGGGACUGUUUCUGCAGGUAUAAAGGCAGAGGGGAUAUUAGUGUUAGGAUCUUCCAAGGGAACAACAAGCAAAACACAACCUUUUUUUUCAUGCAAUACAAUUACACUGUGGGGCUCUUUGGUACAGGAUUUUGUGAAGGCCAAAGACUUACUAAUGUUCAAAAAAAGACAAAAUCAUAGAAGAUGGAGUCAUUGAUGGUCAUUAACCACGAUGGUCUGGAAGCCACUUCUGGCUCAAGGAGUGCCUGAACUGUUGCUGGCUGGGAGAAGAUACACUAGAACAGCAUUGCAGUUUAUUCCUCUUGGUGCACUGGUCUUUCAAGGCCUCUGUUAACAGCUACAUCAGAGCCAUGAAACUGGGACAUAGAUCUAAGGCUAAAUAGUGUGACAGGCCUAGUAGUUCUGUCAUCUUCUGCCUCUAUCUGGACACAGGAUAUUGCUCUACUCCCCUGAGUAUCACCACCCUACACAGCUGUCUACGCUGCUCUGAAGUAGCAAGCUUGAAAUAACCAUGUGAGGUUCAGUGUGCCACCAGAAGUUCAUCUCUUUGAUGCACUGCACCAUAAAUACACGUGAUAGGAACAUGUGUUCCUAAGCUUACAAAAGGUGUCAGCAACACAGUGUGGUCAAUAGAGGAAGUUGGUCUUGGAGGCCUGUGUGUCCAGUAAUAUUUUUGUGGUGUGGAGUUAGCAUAACUGGAGAAGGUUUAACAAUGCUUUUUAUGAAGUCUGUGGGCAGGGAGGGGAGGUGUUGGCUUGAGGUAACAACAUACCAAGACUGUGUGCAAGUCAGGGAUGAGGGGAGCAAGAGAGAUAAAACUUUCGAAUACUCAGGAUAAUACUCCCUCCCCUUCUCUUAAACGUCAGCACUGCAUUUACCUUGAAUCAGAAGCAGAAAGCCGGCCUGAUGUCACCUCCUUCCAGCUGGACAUGCUUGCAUGACCUUUUAGAGUGAUCUGUUUAUGGGAGCAGGUCCUGCAUUCUAACUCCAAAAUUCUGUUCACUUUUCUGUAGUCUUAAUUUUUAGCCAAAUCAUGUAUGUGAUUUAACUCAGUUAUGCUAAUCAAUUAGCAGUUGAUUUUUAUAAACAUUUACAAGACAAAAUUAAAAAUGUUUGAUGCUCCUGAGCACAUAUUGGCAAUAAAUCAAGGUUUCUUUCUUUUUAUCAGGCUUUUCAAAGGGAAGUUUCUAAUGCAGGAUUGAAUGCUCUUACUGGGACAGGAGUUGUCAGCUGCCCCAGGUGUGAGGGCUGCAGUUCUCACGUGAGACGUUAUUAGCGCAGGGGCACAUGACUCAUGCUGUUACCAAAGCCACAGCCCAGAAACACAGCUACACACAGGAGGCCCCUGACUGCAACCAUAUCCCAGGGUCCUUGAAUUUACCGGUCAUUUUUUGAACCCUUGGAAGUUUAUGCAUUACUGUAUCCUUAUGGCAAGGAGUUCAUACUUAAUUGCACAUUGUGUUGGUAGCCUCCUUUUAUUUGUUUUUAUACUGUCACCUUCUAGUUUCGUUUAAUGCCCUUUAACGCUUGUAUUCAAAGAAUCUAUGAGCAAAUCUAGUCAGUUCCUCCUCCUUGUGCUAUUCAUGAUGUUGCAGAUCACUCUUAUUCCUUGCCUCACUCAGGCUGGAGCUCUCAUCAAUGAUGGCACUCACCAUGUGGAAGCUGUUAUAGUUAUGUACAACUUAUUUGUUGCAGUGUGGGUGAGAAAUCUGCUCAAACUCCUUGGUUAUCAUAGAGUCACAUUUCAUGAAAUUUCAUUUCACAAAAAUAUUUCACUAAAUUUGUAGGUUUACCAAAAGAUGAUAUCAGAUUGUUUGAAAUCAUGUCAUGUAAUUAAAAAUGCUAGUUGACAUUAAUUUGGGUUCUAGCUUUUACUAAUUUGCCCAGAACAUCCCUUAGCUGCUUGUCUAUGAUUGCUUUGGAUCUAUGUUGAACUAACUGCUCUAUAGUUUCUUGGGUAUCCAUAUGAUCAUAUUUAAAUACUGGUAAGACAUUAGAUUUUUUUCCUCUCAGUUAUCUUAAGUUCCCCAGUGUGCCAUGAUUUAUUAGAAAGAAAAAAAAAAAAAAAAAAAAAAAACAAUGGUUCCAUGAACUCAUUAGCCAAUGAAAUACUCUUGGACGCAAGUUAUCUUUCUGCAGAUUAUGAAAAUUGUUGCUUUAACAGUUUGUCUUUAGCAUCUUCAUUAAUUACUAAUGGAAUAAGAAGUGGUAUUUCAUUACUACUGUGAAAUAUGAAUACUAUCCAUGGUUGUUUCAAAUACAGAGCAGAAAUAUUUA